AUGAGGGAAGACAAUCAGUCGUGCCCCCUGGGCUUCACCCUCCUGGGGGUGAGCGGCCGGCAGGAUCGGGAGCGCGUCUUCUUCACUCUCUGCCUGCUGGUCUACCCCGUGACACUGGCUGGGAACCUGCUCAUCGCCUGGGCCAUCUGCUCCGACCUUCGCCUGCACACCCCCAUGUAUUUUUUCCUCGCUAACCUCUCCUUUGUGGACAUCUGUUUCUCCUCUGUAACCAUGCCCAAGAUGAUAACCAACCAUCUCUUGGGCACCAAAGCCAUCUCCUUUGGGGGCUGCCUAACGCAGAUGUACUUCAUGAUCGCCUUGGGUGUCACUGACAGCUAUCUCCUGGCCGCGAUGGCGUACGACCGGGCUGUGGCCAUCAGCCGCCCACUUCAUUACACAACGGUUAUGAGCUCACGACUUUGUGUCCUGCUGGUCGUUGGGUCCUGGGUGGUUGGCCAUGCCAAUGCCCUCCUCCACACUCUGCUCACAGCCAGUCUGUCCUUCUGUGGCAACCGGGCAGUGGCCAACUUCUACUGUGACAUUGUACCUCUGCUCAAGCUGUCCUGUUCUGACGUCCACUUUAAUGUGAGGGUGAUGUACCUCGGGGUUGGCGUCUUCUCUGUGCCAUUGCUGUACAUCAUCCUCUCCUACGUGCGGGUCUUUUCCACUGUCUUACAUGUUCCAUCUACCAAAGGUGUGUUCAAAGCCUUCUCCACCUGUGGUUCCCACCUCACAGUGGUUUCUCUGUAUUAUGGGACAGUCAUGGGCACGUAUUUCCGCCCUCUGGCUAGUUACAGUCUAAAAGAUGCUGUGAUGACUGUCAUGUACAUGGCAGUGACCCCAAUGUUAAAUCCUUUCAUCUACAGUCUGAGAAAUCAGGACAUAAAGGCCGCCCUGGGGAAACUCUUCAGCAAGAGGAUCUCCACGUAG